AUGGAGCAUUCCGAGCCAACAUCCCCGAGCGCUCGUCACGCGCCAGACCAUGACUCGAUGGUCACCGUCGCGUUAUCCGAUAACCAGUCCAGUUCAGAGCACACCCAACCGGAUUGGCGCACUCUUGACAUCCCUCCAACCCCAAUAGAGAUGAGUCACCCGGAGAAGGAGAGUGAGGAGGCCUUCGAACCGGUGCCACUACGACACGCCGCAAGGACCACUCCUACUCCACAAAACCGAGACUCGAACGGGGGAAGACAGCCAGGUGAGAUGUUUGACAAUGAGGGGGACUGGGAGAAUUUAGACAAGACAGAGGAACAAGAACCCCGCGGGGAGGGGUCAGAUGAAUCCACAGCCCUUCUCCUCGCUCGCCUCGAACAAGAGAACAAUGCCUUGGCAACCAACCCGAAAUCUGGAAUCCACGAAAUUCCGGAGGGCAAGGUACCGGGCAAGAUACAUCAGCGUCAAUCUCGCUCCGAGUCUCUACACCAGAUCAAGCGACUCAUCAGGGAUCCGGCUCGGGCAGAACUACGAUACUCCCAGUUACCUCCUCCUCCAAUGACCGAGUUGCAGUUCUGGGCUGCGCUUGUCGCCGAUUACCACCAGACUGCUCAGCGUUUGCCGACUUUAACCUCAAAUAAGAUCCAGGGAGGUGUCCCUCCACCGUUGCGAGGGGUGGUGUGGCCCAGUCUAGCGGGCGCUCGCGACCCGACACUUUUGCAUGAAUUCCAGAGACUUUCGGGCGAGAGCAGUCCAUAUGAUGGGCUGAUUGGAAAGGAUAUUGGCCGGAGCUUUCCCAAUGUCGAAAUGUUCCGCGACCCGAAUGGCGAGGGCCAACAAAUGCUCUUCAGAGUGUUACGAUGUUUCAGUCUUUACGAUACCAAGAUUGGCUACUGCCAAGGACUUGGAUUUGUGGUAGGCCCUCUGCUCAUGCACAUGUCAGAUGCCGAGGCCUUCUGUGUUCUUGUUCGCCUCAUGGAUCAUUAUAAUCUCCGGACUUGCUACCUGCCAGAUCUGUCCGGCCUCCACCUCCAUGUUUAUCAAUUCCAGAAUCUCCUGGCACGACACAGGCCGGCCCUGUUCCAACACCUCGAGUCGCUGCAUGUCGAGCCGGUCUACGUAUCGCAGUGGUUCCUAUCAUUCUUUGCAGUGGCCUGCCCGUUGCCAAUGCUUCUCCGAAUCUAUGAUGUUAUAUUCUUGGAAGGCGCAUGCGAGACAUUGAUGCGGGUUGCACUUUCUUUGAUGCAGCGCAACGAGAAGAGAAUCUUGGCUUGUACCGAAUUUGAAGAUGUGAUGCAGCUGUUGUUAUCCCGAAGCUUGUGGGACGCAUACGCCUUCAACGCUGAUGAUCUUGUUAAUGAUUUCGUGUCUCUCACCUCUCUCGUGACGAAUGAGAGUCUUCAAACCCUUGAAGCGAGCUAUAAUCAAUCUAAAGGCUCACCAGCGGGAGUCUCAUUCCCACAGAUGCAAGCAACGGCCUCCGGCUUCCUUGGACGGCUGUGGGCUGGCUCGUCGAAUUCACACAAUUCGACCAGAUCACUUACUCCAAAUAGUAGCCGUUCUCGUCACAAUAGCACAGUUCGUCGCUCGACCUCCAAGCAGAGCCUGACUUCUACACUCAACUCUAUCGAUACCAUCUCCGACGCAAGCACUGCUCCCACUGAACUAUCAGCGACUAUGGCCAGUACUGAUGGCCAAAAACCGCGUGUCAAAUCCAGCAUGUCUUCACACCACAAAGAUCGCGACCUCCAUACCCAGAUCGAAGACUUGUUAAUGGCACUCAGCGAUCUUCAGCGCCAACAGGCUGAUCUCACCCGUGAAUUGCAGCAGGAGAGGGAAGAACGGGAGGAAGAUCACACUCUGGCUAAGGAGAUGUUGAAAGAAAUCAGAGAACUGCCGAUUGAGUCGCACCUAACGGAGCUGGUAAACAAAGCGCAGGCCCGUUUUGAAUCGGCCAAACCGAAACGUGGUUCAAUCACACAGACCAAAAUUCAGCUCAAUGACGAUGUGCUCCGGUGGAAAGAGAUGCACGAGGUGGAAGCCGGUCGUUGCUUGAACCUCACGCGGCGCAUCGACGAUUUUGAGCACGAGAACUCCUCACUCAAAGAACAGUUACGGGAAGCCCGUGGUCGGAUCCAGGAUGGUUAUCGAGAUCGACAGCGUCUCGAGCAUAUGAACCGAGAGCUGCGUACCCUCAAAACUCCUAUAUCCGAAAGCAUGACGCCUUUAGACACAUCACCUACCUCUGCAGUUGACUCCGAUGCUCAAUCCCCCACCAGUGGGUUGCGCGAGCUCAAGCUAGUCCGCAGCAACUCCAUCAAAAGCCCCACGUAUAACAAACGCACCAGCAGCCUUAGCGCUUCGAGAGCUUUGCCGACGGAGAGUAACAAACCGACGGAAGACUCGUUGCUCAUGGAGUUGGUUAAUGCCAAGACCGCCGAGGCUGUUGCUAGACAAGAGCUCGAGGAAGUCAAGGGCAAGUUCGAUGCAUUGCGCAGGAUGGCGGCCAAGAACGAAGGCCGCCACUCCUUUGUUGGAUUAUCGCAGUCGCGGAUCAGCUUGGCGAAUACAUCUCUUGCUGAAGCUCCGAGGACACUUGGAACACCGCCUAGCAACAACGCAGGCGGGGGAUUCUUCAGUGGAUGGGGACGACGGGCUGCGACGGCCAAUGGAGUUCUUCGCGGCGUUGCGGGGGGUUUUCGCUUCUCCAAGGCGCUGUUUCGCUGUGGCCGCCCUGUGUCUGGUGGGGCUUUUGAAGAAUCCAUUGACCCAUUCCCGAGCGACUAUGCAGGUGAACAACCUCGAGACUCGCCCCAAGUGAUCAACAAUCCCUAUCCAGACUAUGAUAGUGUGAACUGGAUGUCCACAUCGCGGGGGUCGUACCAGCCAUGUAUUGGACCCCAAGGGCGACUUUUGAGCCGCAGAGAUGAAGAUAUGAUGAUGAGUGGAUUCCGUUGGAAUACUUCAGAUUUCCCAACGCCUAUCUUCGGAUCGUAUGAUUCGUGGAAGUUGAACAACAGUCUCUGUGCCGAUCGCUACUCCCGAUACGGUGCAUAUGGCUAUGCUGAGAGUAAUGAAACCACUCGAAUCCACGGUUGGCAAGGUACCUUUGGCUCCAACGAGGCCGCUGAAAUAGAUUGGGAGCAGGUGAAUUGGGGCGAUCUGCAACACGAUUGUUUGCAGCGCAACAUCAUUCGAUAUCGUAAGGAAGCAUCCGAAAGAAAGAUAUCGGCUCUGUACAAGUCACUAGAGUUGGACUUGCAGGAGCCUCGCGAGCCCUUGAAUGACACAAAGCCCUCGGCUCAUCCCCGGACGGCCAUUCUCUUGCGCUCAUGGAUUGGCAUGAAAUAUACCGAGAAUGAUUUGCAUCACAUUCGUUCUAUGAUGAUGGAGCUGUCGUUGUAUUCGGGUGCAGAAUACGAACUUGUUCUCUUGAUUGAUUGCCAGGAUGAGAAACUGCCUGCAGAAACAGAUAUGGCGGCUUGGAAGGCAUUCAAGCAGAAACAUUUGCCUCAGGAGCUGCACGGCCUAGCAGUGUGGUUCAAUGAGGAAAUGCUGAACGAUUGGUAUCCCGACAUUGAUAUUCAUGUGGCGAUAUUGCAAUAUUUCCAACCUACACAGAUCUUCUCACGACUACAUCCUCAGUACGACUAUGUCUGGCAAUUCGAAAUGGAUGCGCGGUAUACCGGCCAUAUGUACGACCUUUUGCACAAGGCAACUGAAUUCGCGAAACAACAGCCUCGCAAGUAUUUAUGGGAGCGGAACUCUCACUUCUAUAUUCCUGCUAUCCAUGGCAGGUGGGAAGAGUUUGUGAAGAAGGUGGACCAGGAAAUGCCUGGUCGUGACAACGACAGUGUCUGGGGGCCCCAUCCCGCAGAAGGUAUCAACACCGAAGGGAAGGCUAUUAUACCCCCCGUACCACUUCCAGGAGACGAACCGGGAACUUGGGGUGUGGGCGAAGAAGCUGAUCUUAUUACCUGGCUGCCCCAUUUCAAUCCAGUUGGCACCGACUGGCCCUUCCGUGACCGUGUAUUCAAUUUCCCCCAAGACCAAGAAACCCCACGCCGGGCAGCUGUCGUGGCCAUGUCUCGCAUCUCCACCCGACUUCUCGGACUUUUGCACAAAGAUAAAGUUAAAUUGGGUGUUGGGCUCGCAUCCGAGAUGUCUCCUUUAUCUUGGGCCAUGUACUAUGGUCUCAAGGCGGUCCAGAUCCCACAGCCCAUUUACCAUGACUCCAAGUGGGAUCCCGAGGAAUUGAACCGUCGUGCCAAUCCCGGUGAGCCUGGCAAGGUCAAUGCUGGGUUUGAUAGCAUUUGGAGCUGGGGUCAACACGAUGAUAUCAUAUACAACAUGACGUUCAUGUUCAACUCCAAUUUUGCGGAGAAGCUAUACAGAGCCUGGCUAGGCUACGAUGGCGCCAAAGUGUGGGAGAAGCAAAAUCCUCGACUAUGUCUUCCUCCUAUCUUUUUACAUCCAGUCAAGAAUCUCGAGCCAGUGAAGACCAAACCUCAUUGA